AUUGAUUUACUAACGCUACGCGGAUCAUUUGAGAGUUUUGCUCUAGUGUUAAAAACUAGCUUCAUUAUCCUUUUACUUGGAAGAAUCAAGGAUUUUGUUAAAGCUUAUGAACAAGCUUUAAUACUCUUGUUUUGUACUGAUGUGUAAAUCAACCAAACUGAUCCUCUAAAACUACCUAUUUGGUUUAAACCUACAACAAAAAUGUUGUACUUUGAGGAUUUCAUGGAAGCAAUUGAAAAUAUGCCAUCUGAGCUAAAUGAAAGCCUUACAAAUGUUAGACAGCUAGACCUACAAGCUCAAAAUAUUUUAGAUUCGCUAUCAGAAACCAUACAGACGUUUUUCGAAAACUGCAGGUUUGGUAGACUCUUAGAAUAUGAGAAAAGUACUCAGAUUCUUAAUAUUACUCGGGAAUAUGAGCGAGCACUUGUUCAUUGUAAGGACAAACGAGAAAUAGUGGAAAAUAUAUAUAACACAUACCGUAAAUUAGUGAGAAAAUUGGAUAUUGAGUUGGAAAAGUUCCGAAUUGAAUUAGAGGCUGAUAAUUCAGGAAUAACAGAACAAAUAGAAAAAAGAGUUCAGAAUGCACUGGGAAAAGCAAUAACAACAAAUUCGAAGACAGAACGUAGAAGACAAAGACUGCGAUUUCAGCAAUCUAGUCAUUGCAAAAAUAACUUCUCAGUGAGAAGACGAUUGGUUGGGCCGGCUUUCAGAGCAGCACUUAAAUCUGCUUGCAUGAGACCCAUGCAAUCGGGGGGAGUGCCGUCUCUGGAAAAUACUAAGUUCUCACUAAAUGGUGACCAAACGUCUUUUAAUAACUCCAGUUUAAUCUCAACUUCUGGAUGUCAUGUUCAAGACACAGGAUCCUACAGAAAGAACCCUGUUCAUGCGGAUGGCCUAAGUCCUCUUAGACCAAUUGACGAAAACUCAAUAUGUUUGGACCAUCAGUCCAGUGACAGUUCCUACGACAGAACCUUUGAAACGAUUAAUCCACAAACUGGAGGAGUUACAAAGUUCGAAGAAGAUACUGCAAGCGUUCACAAUGCAGGUGCUGGAUUUUCCACAAUUUUGAAAAACAAUUCGAGCUUGCUACCAGAUAUGUCGCUGGAUGCUAAGACUCAUACUGGAAUGCACGAUCGUAUUAUCAAAAGUACUAACUCUUCCAGUGGUCAUUUAUUUUACGACACAACAGAACCUAACUUUACAGAUCGUGACAAGCUCAAUUUAACACCAAAGGCAGGUUUAAUUGAGAAUCAAGUGACAGACAAUAUCAGUUCACCCGGAUGGCCCGGUUUAACACAAAGUUUUUCUAGUGUUCGGGAGAAACGCCGAUACCCGCGAAGAUUUGAUAGAAUAGGGCUAGCAUGUGAUCUUGCAGUUGAUGAGUUCGGAAAGCUUGAUGAUUCACCUAAUUCUAGUGUCAAUGCAACGCUGGGGCAUGGAUUUGACGAUCAAACGUAUGAAUUUAGUGGAAAUCCGAAACCAGAAGAUACUACCGACCCACCAGAUGAUGAUGAAGAUUACAAGCGUUACUGUAUAUGCCGAGAUGUGAGUUAUGGUGACAUGAUAGCAUGCGACGCCCCAGACUGCCCCUUCGAAUGGUUUCACUACGCUUGCGUGAACCUAACCGUUGCACCAAAAGGUCGGUGGUUUUGUCCUACUUGCGCUAAAUCCUUACAUAAUAAGAAAAGCAUCAAAAAAAGUUCAUCCAGGAAAUAAUGAUUGCUCCAGAUGUUCAGGGAACGCGAAAGAACCAAUAAAGUGCUUGAGAGCAAUUCUGAUAUAUUCAUGAUUUUUAAACUGGUGUAUAAGCACAUGAAAUAUAAUGUAAUACGCUGCGAUAUUUAUAGACAAAAUUUAGGGUAAACAAAAAAAAGAACAAUAUUAUUUGUAUGUACAUGGUCACAGUGCCUGAUACAUCCAAGAUGCAUAAAAAUUCGUUUGUAAACAAUGAAAUUUACGAAGUCACUCUAUACAUUGUUCAAGUAGCUUGUUGGAAGCGUAAGAAAUUUUUAUUUUAAGAUGAUUGCGUCGUUGGCGAAUACAUGUUUGAAGUCCCAACUACAGAAAAAAUAAAUGAAUAAUUGGAACAAAGGAUACUUAGUCAUUAUUCAACAUUACCUCAGUACUGGUUCUUUAACUUUCGUGCGAUAUAUAAGGUGUAGAAAACAGCUACAUUAUGUUUUUUUUGUAAUAUCUCAGUAAACAAUAAGAUGAAAGUACAAAGGCCCAUGACCUCGCUUAGUUUCCUAUGUAACUAGGUAUCUACAUUCUUUUCUGGAUAUUUUCUUGGUUAUAUUUACAUCAGCUUAUAUGCUGUUGGUUGUAUUCAAAUUUUCGAAGUCAGAAGCUGUUUAACUGUUUGUAGGGGGAAAUACAGUCAAUUUACCGUCUGUUGAUGAAAACCAUACAAAACAAUUCUUUUAAA